AUGGCCGAACGACCCGCCAAAUAUCGGCAGGAGAUUCAGCAGUACUGGACGAAGCGGAUGGAGCUGGCCGCGGAAUUGAGAUCGUUCUGGUCCCUCAUACCUACGACGACUGCUCGAACAAUUGGCGAGGCUGCGAGGCGACCAGACGACCGAAAGUUGAUCGUUCUUGGCAGUCAUGUUCGUGGACACUCUUCGUGUACUUUGACCACCAAGCAGCCUCGAAAAGUCAGCUACACAGUCGUCCUCGUCACGAUCGUUAUUCCGUACCUCGAUCGUCAUGGACCGCUUCCGAUCCGCAAAGCUCCUUCCAAUCCUUUGCUUCGAACUGCUUCAGUGACCGCAGCACUGACUCUAACGCUUCGGAAUCAGGCCAAUCCUCCAACAUCACCAAGUAAGAUACUCGCACAAGAUCAAGACCCCUUCCAGGAAGCCCCGUUCGAGGACACAGCAGAAGAAGGAGGCAGCUUCGGCGGCAUCAGCAACGAUUUCUGGAACUCCCUCGAAGCGCCUCCCGUGGAAAAGCCGAGCCUUUUCGACACCAUCUUUCCACUUGAUGAUCCCAUUGACGACCCCGAAACUUCUAAGUGGAGAUUGGACCCAGUCGACUGCUACGGAUACGAUAUCACUAAAGGCUAUGACUACAACUACGUUGCACCUCCCAUUGAAUCCCCUGAAUUCACCGAAGCACAAAUGGCGUCCGAGUCUUUUGAUAACUACCGUGAAUACUUUGCUAACAUCUGCGCGAAGAUGAUGUUCGUUAGCGGCGAAACUGCUGAACCCUCUCCCGAUACUACCUGGCACAUCGAAGAAAUCGUUCGCGAACAAGUCAUACAUAUGCUCAAGACCGCCGUCGAGUUAGCCAACCGACGAGGCUCGAAAUCAAUCAACAUCCACGACUUGAUGUUCCAAAUCCGCCACGACAAGUCCAAACUCUCCCGCCUCAAGACCUUCCUCUCCUGGAAGGAUGUCCGCAAGAACGUCAAAGACUCGGACGACAAAGGUGGCGGUGACGCUGACAUCGACAUCGACAACGAGAACGCUCAAGCUCCCGCCGCCGGAGGCCCCGCGCAGAAGUCCAACAAGAAACAAAAGCUCGUCUUGCCAUGGGACGUGGAGUCAUUCUACAGCGUCCAAGUUCCCGAGCGGGACGACGAGGAAGACGAAGAGGAGGACGAGCAGAACGAAGCUACUCUCGCCCGUCUCGCCUCCGCUGAUGAACGCACCCGCAACAUGACUCGUGAGGAGUACGUCUACUGGUCCGACUGUCGCCAAGCAUCCUUCACCUUUCGCAAGGGCAAGCGUUUCCGAGAGUGGGCUGGUUUCGGCACGAUCGUCGACACCAAGCCCAACGACGAUGUCAUCGACAUUCUAGGGUUCCUUACAUUCGAGAUCGUCCAAACCCUCACCGAGGCCGCGCUCAAAGUCAAAGCUGAAGCCGAUAGCCACAACCGCCGGAUGACUCAGGGUCAGGGUGAGAGCAAGAAGCGCAAGCACGAGGGCAUGGGGCUGUUUGUGAUGCACGAGGAGGGUCGCACCCCCGUCGAGCCGGCUCAUGUAGCGCGAAGCGUUUCGUCGUCUGCAGAUCCCGCCGCAGAAGUACUUGAUGUUUCAGAAUGGACAGGCUGGGAUGCGGCGUCCUUAUCAGCUCAUUUGAUGGGCUAG